AUGACUGUUUUUAUUGCCUCGCUCCUUCUCCCCAAGACCAUUCAUUUCAACCUUCCCGGUGCCCGGCCAAGAGGUGCCUCGACGGCUCAAAAGAAGGCGAGCAAGCCGAAGCACCCUUCUCCCGAUACUCCUCCUAGCCUGUUCCAGCCGGCGCCCAACCAUAUUACUCCUCCGCACACACCGACGGAGGACCGCAAGCACCAUGUCCCUUGGACCAACGAGGAUGGAUUGAAGGUGCAGAUUCCUCAAAUGCCGUUCUCUCCUGAUGGUGGCAACCGUGCUCCAAUCGAUCGAAGCUCUCCAACAUGGGGUGGCCGGGCGGACCAGCCCAUGUCCCGGGCCAAUUCCCCUCCGCCUCCUUCGUUGAUCGACAGCAGCCAUGCCCUGAACAAGAAGGCCAGAGAGUUGGGUCGUCAAGGCAUCACACAGCCACAGAGCCUGGUCAGAAGCGAAAGUCACGACCGAGUUUUUGCCCAGGCCGACUGGAAGGUCGUCAGCGCCGAUCAGGGUAACGGUGGGUUGCGCAACGCCGCCGAGGCAGCUGCCAGAGAUGGCAAGCUUGGAGACUACACCUGGGUUGGAACUCUGGGCAUGCCCGUGGACGCCCUCAUGGGCACUCAACAGCUCCAAGACAUCGAGGACAAACUUGCCACUGAGCAUGACAUGCUGAGCGUGUUGUGUUCCGACAAGGACUUCGACGCUCAUUAUUCCCACUUCUGCAAGCAGAUCUUGUGGCCUGUUUUCCACUACCAGAUCCCAGACAACCCCAAGAGCAAGGCGUACGAGGAUCACUCGUGGAAGUACUACGUGAAAGUCAACCAGGCGUUCGCCGACAAGAUAGUUAAGAACUGGAAGAAGGGUGACACGGUCUGGAUCCACGAUUACCACCUCCUCCUGGUGCCCGGAAUGAUCAGGAAGAAGAUUCCCGAUGCCAAGAUUGGCUUUUUCCUUCACGUCGCCUUCCCUUCCUCCGAGGUCUUCAGGUGUUUGGCCGUCCGCAAGGAGCUCCUCGAAGGCAUGCUCGGCGCGAACCUCAUCGGCUUCCAGAUCAAAGAGUACGCCAGACAUUUCCUGCAGACCUGCAGCCGGAUUCUGAGCGUCGAAGCCACCCCGGAUGGUCUUCAGCUCGAGGACCGUUUUGUCGACGUCAUCAACUGCCCGAUCGGUAUUGACCCUGUUAGUCUCAGCAAGCACCGUGAAGAGAGCGAGGUUAAGCGUUGGCUCGACAUAAUGCGUGAGCGCUACGCGGGCAAGAAGCUCAUUGUGGCACGGGACAAGCUCGACCACGUCCGCGGCGUGCGUCAGAAGCUGCUCUCCUUCGAGAUGUUUCUUAAUAUGAACCCUGAGUGGAGAGACAAGGUCGUUCUGAUUCAAGUUGCCCUUUCAACCAGCGAGAAGAGCGAAUUGGACGCGACUGUUAGUGAUAUUGUCACUCGCGUCAACUCUUCGUGGGCCAACUUGGCCUAUCAGCCUGUCGUCUAUCUCAAGCAGGACAUCGACUAUCCCCAGUAUCUUGCACUGUUGAGCAUCGCUGAUGCUCUCAUGAUCACCAGCCAGCGUGAAGGCAUGAACCUCACAUCCCACGAAUACCUUUUCUGCCAGGACGGCAAGUUUAGCGAGAAGAAGCACGGCUCAUUGAUCCUCUCCGAGUUUACGGGUACUUCCUCGUUGUUUAAUGGAAACGAGUUGUCUGUGAACCCUUGGGACUACAGGGCCUGUGCAGAUGCCAUCAAGAAGGCCCUCGAGAUGGAGGGCGAGGAGAGGGAGCGCCGCUGGAAGAGCCUGUACAACGCCGUCAAUGUUCACACCGGCUCGCACUGGUUCUCUGAGUUUAUGCUCCGCCUGGAUAAGGUCUACGAGGAGCAACAGAGCCGCGACCAGACCGCAGUACCUCGCCUCUCGAUGACCACGUUGUUGCAACAAUACAAGCGCACCGAACGCCGCCUCUUCAUCCUUGACUUCGAGGGAACCCUUGUCAGCUGGGGACCAGUCAACCAAAUCAUUCCGGUCAGCCCUCAACGCACCCUCGACGUUCUGAACGAUCUUCUUCUCGAUGAGCGUAACACUAUUUAUGUUAUGUCUGGUAGACGUCCGGAGGAGCUUGACCGGAUUUUCCGCCGCGUUCCGAACCUCGGCCUGAUCGCCGAAAGCGGAUGCUACCUCAAGGAUUGCGGAAGCGACACCUGGACCGAAAUGGCCGAUGCCAACAAGGUCCGCUCUUGGAAGAGUUCACUCCAGGACAUUAUGACCUACUACUUGGAGCGCACGCCGGGAGCGGCGAUCGAGGAACGUCGUUGCUCCUUGGUGUUCCACUACAAGUCUGCGGACGAUUACGACAUGGCUGCUACCCAGGCUUCCGACCUUGCUAGUCACAUCAACGACGCCUGCGAAGAGCAACGUGUGCACGCUAUUCCCAUGGACGGUUGUGUGCUUGUUGAGCCCAUAGAUUGGACCAAGAGCACUGCGGCUGAGAGGAUCUUCAGUGAUUUGCAAAAGCGAAUGGGACCCGAUGAGAAGCACAAAUCGCCGGUCGACUUCCUCAUGGUUGUUGGCGACGGUCGUGACGAUGAGAAGGUCUUCAAGUGGGCCAACCAGAUGGCUACGGACGAAACAGUCAAGGUACAGGAGGUGGUGACUGUCAGCCUUGGCAAUAGAGCCACUGAGGCUAAGGCAACGUUGACCCAGGGCGUUAAUGGCGUCCUGACGGCUCUCCAGAAGCUGUCCCAAGUCGUGUAA